AUGCAAUAAUCACCAAAUACUAGAUAGAUAUUAGAUUUGGAUUUUUAAAAAGAACUUUAUCAAGAAGAUCUGAAGAAACUUGUCUCCAAUAUACAGGAUAAACAAAAAUCAUAUAAUGACACAAGAUCAUCAUAAAAUGAACUGGUCCAAAAAAUCAUAAGAAUAUGUUAUUAAAAAUACGAGGAUGAUAUCAUUAGAAAGAGAAUUGAGUUGUAGGAGCUAAAGUAGAAGUCUGAGGAACAAAAGGCCAAACAAGAUGAAGAAUACAGCAACUUAGAAAUGGAACUGAAAAACAAAAUAGUAAAUGUAUUCAUACGUUUUCAAAAAUAUUACGAAAAAAUAUCAUAAGAAAAAAGCAGAUUGGAAGAAUUCAUUGUCGGAGAUGCAAUUGCUGCUGAUUACACACUAAUUUUGCAAAGUGUUCAUUAAUCAUUAUCCGAUUUUGAAUUGGCCAAAGAUAAUGAAUGUAUAAAUUAAUAAACCUUUCUAUCUUUGAAAUCUCCUAAUAUUCAAACUAAAUAGCACUCAAAAAUGUCUCACCUUAAUUCCUAUGUUAAUACACUUAUUUUCAAAAUAGAGAACGCAGAUCAAUAAAUCUUAAAUAGUCAAUCUGAAAAUUCAUAAAUCUAAUUAAUUUUAUCAUAAAAACUCACUUCCCUCAAAUAACAAAUCAGAUAUCUAUAACAAUUUAAUCACGAUUGUGUAUAAGAAUUAUUUGAUCUACAAUAAGACUUCCUUACUAAUCAAAGAAAUCUUAAAAAUUUGAGGAUAAACAUCUAAAACACUGUCACUAAAGAUGAAGAAAGGAAAUGUGCAGAAAUUAGCUCAUUAGAAUAAUAAAAAAGCGACAUGGACAAAAGUUAUAAAUCUUAUUCUUAAAUUAUGUUAUAAGGAAAUACUUAAAGGAAAGAUUAUGAAGAAAACAUAUUUAGAUUGAUUUCAUUAUCAAAUUCAUUAAUACAAUCAUUAAAUAAUAGCAUUGAAUAAUUUAGAUAAUAAUUGGAAGCAUUAUCUUUAACCCCUGAUAUAAAAACCUCUUCUAAUAUUUCUAUUAAAAAGAUUAAUAUUUUGAAUCCCUACAAAAAGAUUUUAAACGAAAAAAAAUCUAUAUACUUGAAAAGAAAACCUUAAGUUGAAAAACUAGGAUCAAUCAAAACAGAUGAGAACAACAUUUCUACUAUUUUUAAAUAAACUUCUCAAUCCCCCAAUUUUAGAAAUUAAAUUUUACCAGAAAAAUAAACAGCCUUGCCAUUAAAAUGCUCUUGUCCUCCUGAAAUAAAUGCAUACUUGUAAUAAUUAAUUGUAUAUCAAUUAAAAAGGAAUCAUCUUGUGUUAGGUUUGUCAAAUUUCCUUUUAGAUCAAUGA